CGGUCACCCCGCCCUGCACCUGCGGACAGGGCCGAGGCUGUCCAGGCGGGACGAGCCGCCCAUGGGCCCAGCGGAGCAGAGGCAGGACUGCGCUCCAGCCGGUCGCCCAGCAAGAGAAGAGGCCCUGGGCCUGAGAAUGGAAGGCGCUCUAGACCCUUAACAGAGAGCACCACAGCAGUCAAACCAAGAAAGGAACAAAGAUACUGUAAGAUGUUCAACUCCAGCACAAACUCCUCGGGAAACAACUGCAGUCACAGCACAGUAAUAACCAAGACAGUCAUUCCCCUGAUCUACUGUUUCAUUUUCAUAGCAGGACUCUUGCUGAACGGGGUGGCAGCGUGGAUCUUUCUGUAUGUUUCUAGCAAAAAGAGUUUUAUUGUCUAUCUCAAAAACAUCGUUGUGGCUGAUCUCCUAAUGAGCUUGACAUUUCCUUUCAAAAUCCUUGCCGAUUCAGAAAUUGGACCUCCACAGCUCAACACGUUCGUGUGCAAAUACUCCGCAGUUGUUUUUUAUACAAACAUGUAUAUCGGGAUAACGUUUUUUGGCCUCAUAGGUUUUGACAGAUACUAUAAAAUUGUAAAGCCUUUAUUCACCUCCUUUGUUCACAUGGUUAACUACAGUAAGGUGGUCUCUAUAACCAUAUGGUUACUGUUAAUACUUAUAUCCUUUCCAAAUAUGAUUUUAACUAAUGAUAUUACUGAAGAAAAUUAUUCCAAAAACUGUAUAGGUCUUAAAAGUGAGCUUGGCAGACAGUGGCACAAGGCAUCAAGUUAUAUUAGCACUGGGAUUUUCUGGGUUGUUUUUCUUCUGCUAAUUGUUUUUUACACUUCUAUAUCAAAAAAAAUAUAUAGCUCUUACAAAAAAUUCAGACGGAACUCAGACGUGGCCAAGAGAAAAACCAGCCGUAAUAUAUUCAGCAUCAUGUUUGUGUUUGUCGUUUGCUUUGUACCCUACCACCUCUGCAGAACACCAUACACGCUCAGCCAGACUAGCUCACAGUUCAACUGCCACUCAAAAAAAACCCUGUUCUACGCAAAGGAGUUCACUCUUGUACUGUCUGCUGCAAAUGUCUGCCUCGAUCCCAUUAUUUAUUUUUACCUCUGCCUGCCCUUUAAAGAAAAGCUGUAUCAGAAACUGCAUCUCAAGCUGAAAACUUCAAGUGAGGUUGAAACUUCUAAAUCCAGAAGGUCAAAUACGCUUCGGGAAAGUAUAAACAUAGCGUAGGUUCAGGUCUGUAAAAUAAUGCACAUGUCAGAAAGUUAUUCAAGAAUGCAAAUGUCUCAAAAAACCUGAACAGAUGAGAGCCAGCAAUAAACCAGAAAAAAUGCUUCAGCAUAAAAUACCAGGAGGUGUAUGUCUGUAUAAAAACAUUACUGCGUGUUGCCAAUACAUUUCCCAGUGCUAUUUCAGCUGAUGCUUUGACUGCGCGGUGGUGUGGUACAACCUAUCUGCAUCUCAAAACGAGAGAGAGGAGUAACUGGAACAACACACCCUGGAGCUCCCCGCCUCGGUCUCCGAAGGAUUAUCCAGCAGCCCCAGGCAUCAAACUGCCUUGCUGCUGUUUCUCCGAAGCCAGGCACCACACACGAGCCCCCAAAAGCAGCCUGAAGGGCCGGGCCCAGCGCUCGCUCCAGCCCACCCGAGCAGCGCCCGCAGAAGCCACACGAGGAAGUUCAGCACUUGACCUCCACCAGCCUGGAAAAGAGGACUGAGAACCUGAGGGGAAACUCUCAUGUGUUAACCGGGUCACAAAGGAAAGGGCUGAAGGCAGUGUGCAGCUUAAGGAAGGACACUAUUCCAACAACUGUGGGGAAAAAAAGUACACAUCAAAUCCUCAAAGAUCUGCACAGAGCCUGAAAAACCCUUGGUAAAAUUAGAAUAGAUAUAUAUAGGUUUUCUUAAGGGAAACAUUCUGUAAAAUUAAAAAUUAAACAUGACUAUUUGUCACCCUUAUGACCAAAUGUCAGAAUAUUUCUGUAAAAUGUGAUGUUCAAGUGUUUAAAGAGGAGCCUUCUACAGGCUGAACAGCACAGUUACACGGUGCCAUAUUCCUCGGGACUUCUCUGAAGUAACACGGUGUACACCAGGGACGUUCACACCAAACUGAGACUGCAGUAACUCCCUUGCUGUUGUUGCAGAAGGAGGUAAGAACGCUCAAGGAGCUGCUUGAAAAAACAGACGUCCAGCCAUCCAGAAACUCUGGGCUAUGUCGAACUCCAGAAAGAAUGAUUUGUUGGUUUUCCCAUGCUUGUGGCACAACAAUAAAGCAUUUCUCU